AAGAAAAUUACGUUACGUGUUGCUUGCCUUUCUCAAUCCAUUUAUCACGUGCGUCUCACGUGUCUUCCACCAACUGAAAUUCUCUCUCUUCCUUCCCUCAACUUAAUGAAACCAAGAGACUGCCCAAAAAAACUGACCGCUCAUUUACACCAUUUACACUCUUUCCCUCUCCUCCAUAUUUUUUCCUCUCUCUCUCUAAAACUAGCAAAUUUACUGCAAUGGCAUCUCCGCCGCCGCCACCAUUGCCGGACGAUUUUGGAGGCUCUGUCAUUGAUUAUGUUUCAUCUUCUCCUCCUCUUCCUCCGACACCGGCCGCGAGUCACUCUUCUUCGCUGAAGAAUCUGAGUCCGAGCAUCUUAAUCAUUCUUACGAUUCUCGCUUUUACCGCUUUUGCUUCGGUCAUUCUCUGCCUUGUUCUUCGGUACCUUAACCGGCGUUGUCUUCUCCGCCUCUCUGCUGUGCCGGGAUCGUCAUCGUCGUCGGCUGUUUCUAGUCGCCGCAUCAUUCCGGCAGAGCAAAAUGCGGUUCGAUGUACUAAUUCCUUUUCUCCGAUCGAAACCCUUCCUCUGUUUUCUUUCUCCUCCGUCACGCGCCGUUCUUCCACUGCUGCCGCCGAUUGUGCUGUUUGUUUGUCGAAAUUUGAGGCGGAAGAUCAGCUUCGUCUUCUUCCGCUUUGUUGUCAUGCUUUUCAUGCUCAAUGCGUCGAUACUUGGCUUCAAUCGAAUCAGAGUUGUCCUCUUUGUCGCUCUGCUAUUUUCGCCUCCGAAUCUGAUGUAAUGAAGGCAUCUAUGGCUUCCUACGCGGCCGAAGGUCGCGCCGGAGACAGUUUUAGGCUCGAGAUUGGCAGUAUUAGCCGCAGGCAGGCUCCUUCUGACUCUGGUGAAGGAAGGCGAUCCUAUUCGAUAGGAUCAUUCGAAUAUUUCGUGGAAGAAGAUUCAGAAGUUAACUUCACUAAUGCUCACCGGAGGAGCGUCUCUGAUAAGGAGGACGUUGAAGCUCCUGUAUCAGCUGCAUCGGUAGAGCGAAGCCUAGCGGCGGAAGUGGGCUCCGGAAGAAAUUGGCUGAAGGACUACGUGGAUAGACUCUCCAAUUCGGUAUCAUCUCGUGCACUGUCUUUCCGAGGCUCCGGCAGAUUCUUCACCGGAAGUAGUCGACGGAGUGAGGUGACCAUCGGCGGAGAAUGGGAACAAGAGAACAGCCGCGUCGGCGAGGAAAUAAGCGAGCUAUUCCGAUGGUUUUCAGGAGUAUAAUCGUAAUUACAUAUAAUUAACCCUAAACUCUACACGGCAGAGGAUUUGCAAUUUUUGGAAAUUGGGUAAUGGCCGGCCGAUGGUACGCAAAAUUUUCUUUUGCCUUAUUGAACACGGACGGUCAAGAUUCCUCUUCUUUUUGAUCCUUUUGAUUAUGUCAACGGCUGAGAUUAAAGCUGGUAAUCCUGUGAAUAUAUAAUUUCACGAUUUUACACCAAAAUAUUAUUUUGUUGGCAUUUAAUCAAAAAGCUGAAAAAGAUUGCUGAGAUUUUUCUGUUCCUUCUUUCCUACAACCUCGUUUUGGCUUGGAUUAAAGUAAAUAAAAGUUUCCCAUCGUGGCAUUGAAGCUAAUAAACUCAUAUUUUUAAAAAAUAUAUAUAUUCCGUUCCCUAUUUAUUUAUUUAUUUUUCAAGUUUAUAUGAACUUAUGUUGCAAUUAUUCAUGAAUUUUUACUGUAUUAUAAACGAAUUAUGGUGUAAAAUCUUGUUGAUAUGUAAUGAAUGAUUUUGUGGGAAUCAUUGCUUUGCUUGUUUGUUGAAAUUGUUAGCCAAAAAAAGAAAAGAAAAGAAGGAAAAAAUAGGAAAGUGAAUUGCUGAAAAUAAAGAGGCCAAGAUUAUAGGUGCCUCUCGAGCUUUCUGAGAUUCUUGCUACUUGUAAGAGGUAAACAAAAUCUCUCUCUCUCUCUCUCUUUCUUUCUUUGGGUUUUGAUUUAUUUCUCCAUUGUUUUUCUUUUUGAGAAUGUGCCCUGUUUGUUAUGAUGAAUUAUAGGUCUUAUUUGUGAAUACAAGAAGACUCAUUGUUCUUGUUUCUUAACAAAUAGGAAUAUUCUUCAGGCUACUUUUUUCAUGGAAAAAGAAUUUUAGUUUCUUUAAUUUUCUAAAAGAAAAAACUGUCCAUCAAAUACUUUAAACAUAUAUUAUCAAAUGUUGUAAAAUAGUUUUUAAUUGGUUAAAUUACAAGAAGUUUAUAAAAUGUUUGGUAGGUUUAUGAACUACCAAUUUUGUAUUUAAUAAGUGACCGAUCUAUUUUAUUUAAAUUUUAUGUCUAAUAAACCCCCAAGUUCAAAACUAAAUUGACUAAAUUUGUAAUUUUAAAAAUUUACCGUUUCUAAUCCUAUGACAUUUCAUGUUUCUAGAUCUAAGUAGGAGAUUUGAAAUCUAUACUUGCCACUUAAUAAAAGAAAAUUGAAAGUUCUUUUAUUGAGAAAUAGGGGAAGAAUAAUUUUAACCUAUUAUAAUAAUUAUUAUGGGUUGUAUGUUGUCAAUUAAAUUAAAUUUAUUGACCAACAUGAAACUUAUACAGUCGAUUUGAGGUUAGAUAUUCGAUUCAUCAUCUCACAUAUUGUUAAAAAAAAAAAAAAAAAAAAAAAAAAUCAGCAUUGUAGAAAUUUCUCUCUCGAUAUAAUUCCAAAAGAAAUUAAUUAGAAGUAGAAAAUAAACCAAGUACAUUAUUCGAAUAAUGAAUAAAGUAAAAAUAUGUAUUAUAUUAUAUGGUUGACAAAUUUGAUGUCAAUGGGGGAGUUUGGUUGAAAGCAGAAAGUAAAAUAGAAGUCACAUCUCAUCCACUUAUUCUGCUAUAAGCCAUGUGAGAUUGGGUUUCCAAAUUUCCUAAUGGGAAAUGGCCUUCUUACAUUAAAAAAGAAUAAAGAAGUUUUCAUAUGGUGUUUGAUUGGAUUUGGAAAUUUCUAAUUUGUGAAAACAAACAGGUCACACAAUCAAAUGAAAUGUUUUUUUUUUUGGGAACACAAAUUUUAUUGUUUAUUAAAGCAAAAUAAUAAUAAUAAUAAUAAUAAUAAUAAGUGGGAAAAUGAAUGUUUGGUGACUGGUUUUUUAGAAGUUAAAGGGGGAAAAAGUAGUUGAAUUGGGACAGUUAGUUUGGAUUUGGAAAACAAUACAAGCUGGCUACCUGUUUUUCCUCUGCAAAUACCACAGCUUCCAAUUUCCUGUUUUUCUGUCUCUCCCUCUUAUUUAUAAUCCCAAAAAUGGAGUUUCUAUUCUCAACAAUUAUAAUAUAUCCCCAUUCCUUUAAAAAAAAAAAAAAAAAAAA